CCCCUCUGCCCACUCCCAUCCAGGGUUGCGGCUUCUGGUUCUCCGGCUGCCGCGAGGCCUGCACUUUGCAGGGCUGAAGUCCAAAGUUCAGUGCCUUCGCUAAGCACACGGAUAAAUAUGAACCUUGGAGAAUUUCCCCAGCUCCAAUGUAAACAGCAGGCAGGGGCCCUGAUUCACUGGCCGCUGGGGCCAGGAUUGGGGGUUGGGGGUGCCCACAGGGCCUGGCUAGUGGGGUUUGGGGGGGCUGUGGGUGCCAGGAGCCUGGCCUGUGUCUGCUGCCCGGCGGGCAAGUAGAGGACCCGCGCGGUGGGGGAGGCGGCCGGCUCGGUGGCCCCGGGCCGCGUGGCCCCGUGGCUGGUGGAGCCAUGGUUUCUAAGCUGAGCCAGCUGCAGACGGAGCUCCUGGCGGCCUUGCUUGAGUCCGGCCUGAGCAAAGAGGCGCUGAUCCAGGCCUUGGGAGAGCCGGGGCCCUACCUGCUGGCCAGCGAUGGCCCCCUGGACAAGGGGGAGCCCUGCGGCGGUGGCCGGGCUGAGCUGGCAGAGCUGCCCAACGGGCUGGCGGAGCCGCGGGGCUCCGAGGACGAGACGGAUGACGACGGGGAGGACUUCACGCCGCCCAUCCUCAAGGAGCUGGAGAACCUGAGCCCAGAGGAGGCAGCCCACCAGAAGGCCGUGGUGGAGACCCUGCUGCAGGAGGACCCGUGGCGCGUGGCCAAGAUGGUCAAGUCGUACCUGCAGCAGCACAACAUCCCGCAGCGCGAGGUGGUCGACACCACCGGCCUCAACCAGUCGCACCUGUCCCAGCACCUCAACAAAGGCACCCCCAUGAAGACGCAGAAGCGUGCUGCCCUGUACACUUGGUACGUCCGCAAGCAGCGAGAGGUGGCCCAGCAGUUCACCCACGCGGGGCAGGGCGGGCUGGCUGAGGAGCCCACAGGCGAUGAGCUGCCCACCAAGAAGGGGAGGAGGAACCGCUUCAAGUGGGGCCCAGCGUCCCAGCAGAUCCUGUUCCAGGCCUACGAGAGGCAGAAGAACCCUAGCAAGGAGGAGCGGGAGACGCUGGUGGAGGAGUGCAACAGGGCGGAGUGCAUCCAGAGGGGGGUGUCCCCCUCGCAAGCACAGGGGCUGGGCUCCAACCUCGUCACAGAGGUGCGCGUCUACAACUGGUUUGCCAACCGGCGCAAAGAAGAAGCCUUCCGGCACAAGCUGGCCAUGGACACCUACAGCGGGCCUCCGCCGGGGCCCGGCCCAGGACCCGCACUCCCUGCCCACAGCUCGCCCAGCCUGCCCCCUGCUGCGCUCUCCCCCAGCAAGGUCCACGGUGUGCGCUAUGGACAGCCGGCAACCAGUGAGGCGACAGAGGUGCCCUCCAGUAGUGGAGGGCCCUUGGUGACGGUGUCUACACCCCUGCACCCAGUGUCCCCCACGGGCCUCGAGCCCAGCCACAGCCUGCUGAGCACUGAAGCCAAGCUGGUCUCAGCAACCGGGGGCUCCCUGCCCCCUGUCAGCACCCUGACAGCACUGCACAGCCUGGAGCAGACAUCCCCAGGCCUCAACCAGCAGCCCCAGAACCUCAUCAUGGCCUCCCUGCCCGGGGUCAUGACCAUAGGGCCUGGGGAGCCUGCCUCCCUGGGCCCCACAUUCACCAACACGGGCGCCUCCACACUGGUCAUCGGCCUGGCCUCCACUCAGGCGCAGAGCGUGCCGGUCAUCAACAGCAUGGGCAGCAGCCUGACCACGCUGCAGCCCGUCCAGUUCUCCCAGCCGCUGCACCCGUCCUACCAGCAGCCACUCAUGCCACCCGUGCAGAGCCACGUGGCCCAGAGCCCCUUCAUGGCCACCAUGGCCCAGCUGCAGAGCCCCCAUGCCCUCUACAGCCACAAGCCCGAGGUGGCUCAGUACACGCACACAGGCCUGCUGCCCCAGACCAUGCUCAUCACCGACACCACCAACCUGAGCGCCCUGGCCAGCCUCACGCCCACCAAGCAGGUCUUCGCCUCCGACACCGAGGCCUCCAGUGAGUCCGGGCUGCACGCGCCGGCGUCCCCGGCCACCACCAUCCACAUCCCCAGCCAGGACCCUGCUGGCAUCCAGCACCUGCAGCCCGCCCACCGGCUCAGCACCAGCCCCACAGUGUCCUCCAGCAGCCUGGUGCUGUACCAGAGUUCCGACUCCGCCAACGGCCACAGCCACCUGCUGCCCUCCAGCCACGGUGUCAUUGAGACCUUCAUCUCCACGCAGAUGGCCUCUUCCUCCCAGUAACCAUGGCAACCACCUCCCAGUGGCUGGGCCCAGCGCCCUGCACGGCCUGGGGGACCGCUGGGCUGGCCACCUGUCUGCUGACCCUGCUCUGCAGGCCUCCGGCAGGAGGGCCAGAGGCAGCCGCACUGCGGGGAGCUGGGGAGCGGAGCUCACCCCACAGGACGUGCAGCCGCUGCCGCUGCCGCUGCGCAAACUACUGUGCUGCCUGGAGCACACGGAGAUGGCCUCUGGCUCCGGCAGCCCCAGCCUGGACCCGGGACCACCACACUUCUCAGGGCACCCAUGCACGCAGCUGGGACUUGCUGAGCUCUGACGGCCACGUCCUGUCACCUGUGCACCGGCCAGGCCACUCCGUCCUACCCCAGCCCCACCCAGCUCUCAUCGCACGCGCUCACACAGCAUUCCCGAGCUCUCCCGGCCUCCAGCCCCCAGGACCUGCGGCUCUCCUACACGUCCCCCCCCCCCCCCCAGGCAUCCUGCCUACGGGUGCCCACCUGGCCUGUGGCCUGCAGGGGGAAGACCACUUCAGGGCCAGGAAGUUGUCCUUGCCAAGUGCAUGUCCUGGGGCAGCAGGGCCUGGGCAGCUGAGAGCUGAGGGGCCCAGAGCAGAGGUGGAGCCACGUGCACACGGGACGGACGCUCAGGGCACGUGAGCUGGGCCGGCUGACGGCUGGACCACAGAUUCACGGCCAAUGUGCAGCUGCAGGGGGGCCGAGCAGGUGCAUGGAACCACGGCACACAGGAUCUCACUUCUGUGGGCCUGCUGCCACGAGCCUGGUCCUCCAUGCCCCGCCUCCUUCCUGGUCCCGGGAGGGGGCCUGGGAGAACCAGCAACCCCCCUCCCCACACGCACAACUUGUAACAACUAAGGGAGAGCCCGGACAUUUAUUUAACUUUUAGUAAAACCAAUGAGAAUUUCU